AUGGAUGAAAGUAACGAAAAUAUUGAAUUGGAGAAUCAUGAGCAGGUAGAGUGACCUAUUUAUUUAACUUUUUUUAAAUAUACCGAAAAUUAAGCAGUGUAUGUCAUUCUGCUCACCAUUGAUUUUGGACUGAAACAAUAGCUGGCCAAACUUCACAGACAAAGACAACCGACAGCAUUGGACACUGGCUCUGUGUUUGUACAUCAAACACCCACUCGCAGCUGGACACAAAGUAUGCGACUUGGGCUAUGUUUACACAAUGUUGUUUUCAUAUCCGUUUCCUAUCCUAUGUUCCAAGAGAGUUUAGGGUGUGGUCAUUAUUUAUGGGGAGGGGGUUGGGAAAUGGGAGGGGGGGCAAACGAAGUUUUACCCUUAUAAAUAGGGGGGGUCAAAAAAGUUUUAACACAGAAAAGGGGGGUCAUAAAAGUUUUUAAACUUAAAGACUCUGAAAAUGCUAUUUCCAACGAUCUAGAGACUCAAACUUUUCAAAAUUUCCCUGCUCGGCGCCAACCAUGGUAGCGCCUCGCGAUCGUGGGAGUCGGGCUCACUAAAGCCUGGUUCACAUAUGCCUGCGACUGUAUCAUUAUGCCUCUACUGGCCGCCGAAAUACCGGCAAAGUUGAACUCAAGUCAACCGUAGUUCCCGGCCUACCACCGAUAUAACUGUGGCACUGGAGGCAAUCGGCGAACAAAUAUUCACAUAAUUUUAAGCUACCACCGGCAUUGUCGCCGGUACGUCACAGGCAUAUAUGUGAACCAGGCUUAAGUUUAACAAGCUUUCUACCCCUGAGUGACCAAGUUGUGGUAUUUACAUAAACAUACCAUGCAAGUACACUUAAGUUAACUGAUCAGAUUCGGUCUAUCAACGCACAAUGUAAUGCUGUAUAUCCAAAAAUCUGUUUCAGAAAAUGCUCACAUUUCAGUUCUAGGGGUGGAAAAUACAAAUAAAUUUCUGGGGGAGAAUACCCCCAGACCCCCUACUAGUACAUACGAUACCACACCAAACGUUUUGUCACCAACAACCAUCUGUCAUUUCUCCACACUCAAUAUAGUAUGGUCCCUUUUUGUAGAUGCCACACCCCAGACAAGUUCUUAAAAAAAAACUGUUAAAAUCAUUUCGCUGUAUGAAGACGGGUCAUGGGUUAGGGUUAUGGUAAGACAAAUGUUGCAUUGCAAAGUAGUAACACAUAAUAUAUAUUUUUUAAUCAUAUAUGGUUGAAUCAUAUUCACCAGGGUAAAACAUCAUGAGCUAGAUUAAACAGAUUGUCCUAAUAUCUAACUUUAUCUGCAACGCUUCCUUACCUUCAUUGCUGUUAAUUUUUCAAUCCACACUGGGGGGGGGUCAGAAAAGUUUCUACUUUUAUGAGGGGGAGGCACAAAGUUUGCCUUCAGUCUGGAGGGGAGGGGGUCAAAAAAGGUUUCAAUCCUUAUUUUCCCCAUUUCCCAAACCCUCCCCCCCCUCCCCAUAAAUAAUGACCACACCUUAAAACAGUAGAAAACGAUAAGGAAAAGACACCGUGAAAACAUACACUGUUAGUGUGCUCAAAAUAUACCUUUCUGUUCUGAUAAGUUGUUACGUUGUGAAUACUUUUAUGUCCUGUCACCUGUGAGCCUCGCUGUCAAGACUCAAGUAUUUAAGACGCAGUGCGAUAGUAGGCGGUUGUCCGUAAUGAAUAAAUAAAUUUACUACAGAGUUUUACAAAUGUAUCCCGUCCCUUUUACCAUGUAUGUUUUUUUGCUUGAUUUAUUUGUAACCAUAUUAGCUUAAUUAUUAUAUAAUAGCAUUGGCAGCACUGGUUGACGUUAUUUUCCCCGAGCCGACGGCGCGAAGCGCCGUGCGAGGGUACUAAUUCCCCCCGGCUAUUUACACCCGGAGAAACGAAAGCAUUAGUGGAGUCUAAAGUUCAUCAAAUAUCGCGGGCGUGGGUCACCAACGGUGUUGGGUGGGUGGUCAUCCUCACUGACCUCAAAAAUAUGGCGGACUGUCAUGAAUAGCGGACACUGAUUGGUCCAAUUUAAAGUUUGCAUUAUAACGACUGCAUGACGACAGCGAAAUAGCAAACAUUUCUAGAUUUGAUGAUUCAUAAUUGAUAAAUUUCUUGCGAAUAUAUUUCAUUUUUACUCGCAUUUUUGCAAUAUUUUGUAAAUUUCAAAAGCUCUCUCAGAAAGAAACUUCGGAAGAAUCGGCUAAAAGAAGGGAGCCGACGUUAACGAAGGUAAGUUUGUUUUAAAUAUUGAUUUUAUAAUGGCUUUAAAACCCGACGGCCUUUGCGUAUAUGAAACAACUAAACAAGACAGAAUAUAAUUUCGCUCAGUGUAUCUUUAAUAUUGAUUCACUUUUUUAUUAUAUUGAAUUAUUUAAAUAAAAAAGAAAGCAAAGUUAUUUGCAAGCGAGAAUUUGAAAUCAUUUUAUUGCAACUCAAAGUUUAUCGAUAAAGCCAUUUAAUUAAAGGCAGUUUAGUUAAACAGCACUUUAAAAUGUUUUGCGAAGCGUUUGUGGUUGAAUUUUACCUUAUAUUGAGGCUUAUUUACCUAACAUAUAUAUGUUGGGAAAUUAAUAAUUUUGUAAUUAAAAGUGAUAUUUUUAGGCGAUUUUUCAUUUGUAAUUACGUAUAAUAACAUACCUAACAUAUAUAUGUUGGGAAAUUAAUAAUUUUGUAAUUAAAAGUGAUAUUUUUAGGCGAUUUUUCAUUUGUAAGAAUAUUCUUAAAGAAUUAUCGUGUUACCAUGACAACUACUUUAGAACUUCACGUUCGGAAAAUACAAUGGUCUUGUCAGGAAGGCGAGGGUUUCUGCAUGCAUGUAUUUUCUAGUUGAAAAGAUGAUUAUCAAGAAACUGCUAAAACAACCACGCAGUGUAGGAUGAAUGCGUUUUACGAAAGAAUCUCGCUUUCAUUAAUAUCUGCUUUAUGCAACUCAACACGAAAUAUGUGUUUUCCAAAAACUAAUGUUACAAGUUAUCUUGAUUCUAAUUUUAAAUCUGACCGUAAAUCUAAUCAUAGGCCUUAAUUUCCCUUUUAGACGUGUCGUUCUUUCUGCAAGCGCAUUUGACUCCAAGACAAAGUUUCUGACAGACCUUAGAUGCUCUAUAGGUUCUGGUGUGCUAAAUCUUAGUGGUUGGGUGACAUCAAGCACCAUAAGCGAUUUUUACACGUACCUUAACUCAUUAACGCCCAAUGCGCCCGUAUGCGCCCUGAGAUUGACAAGUGGGUAACGGACAAUGCGCCCUGGCAUGACACCUUAACUUGCGGGCAUGAUAUUUGAGCACGUGUUUAUCGGGUUGCCUAGCAACGGAUACGAAAAUAGAACGUGAAAUUCGAGCUUUUCAGCGGUGUAUCAUGCAAGAAAAUCGGUCAGAAACUCGCAAAGUUUUUCAAGUUUAAAAUCUUAGUUUUCCAAAAAUAAUGAAUAAUGGCGAUUCUGUUACAAAGAAAGAAUUUACAGCAAGUUUUAAAAGCAAGAAAAGAAGAGGUUUCUGAAUCAACUACAACGAAAAUUUGGCAUGAAAGGAAAGCGAAUGUAUUGGCGUUUUGGGGCUAAGUUUUUCUGUGAACCAUGCGCGAGAUUUUCAGCCAAAAAGAUGAGGAUUUCUCCAAACUUUAUUAAAAAUAGAAGUCGGAAAUCACAAGAAAGAUGAACACGGAACACAAGUGAGCAGAUACGAUUUUUUAAAGGGUAUUUUUGGGUAGAAAUAUGCGAUCAAACACUCACAAAAUUCGACUGCAUUAAUGUUGGUUGAAUCUAGUUUAAAGUUAUCUUUUUAGACGAACUGUUUAUGCAAAUUUGGGCACAAUUUCGACUGCUUUCGUAACCCCAUUGUUGGUCUUCUUGUUCAAGUUGUUAUUUUAGCUAAGUAUGUUUCAAACAACACCAGAUUAAAUUACUGUGUGCGUACGUGCCCUAUUUGGCAAGAAUACUUCGAGUAUUAAAUUACACUAAGUAAGUAGGGUACUCCAAAAUCACUGUUAUAUCUAUUUUCAUCAAUUUAGUCUUAAAAUGACAACUCGUUUCAGACAUAUUGUGGUUUAAAAUAAGUGUAUUGAAUUAAUGCGCUUGGUUGCUGCGUGCGAAUUCUCAAAAAGUCCGCACUUGAGUUCUAAAGCUUUUAAAAUGCUUUUUGUAUUGGGUUUUAUAUCCCCAUAAAACUUUAAAUCGAUAAGGCAGAUAGUAAUGUUGAUCCACCCUCAUUUUCUAGUAACUACAUGUUGAAUCAGAAGGAAAAGUUAUCAAAAUAGGUCGCGACGGUUGUUUGCCGUUGUUGUCGCUUCUCUCUGAAAUGGCUUCCUUUGCGGGAAGCCAUGAAACUGAAGUCCCAACAAAAACAUAAUUUAGCCGUCCUUUCAGGCCCAUUGCUCACUUAUUUAUCAUGAAAUCGUUUCACUAGAACAUUUUUAAUAAUGUCUAUGGGAAACUUUGUAAUUUUCUGAACUAAAAGUUUAUGGUUUUGAGGUGUUUAUUUUAUAAAAUAGCACGCGCGACAAAAUGGCACUAAUGUGGUUUCUCAUGUCUGACAAACAACCAAAGAUGAAAGUCCUUAUUUCACCCUUUUAUAGCUAUGUUGAAUACCUGACUAUUAGGUUAUCUUUUUCAUUUGAGCAUACAGAUAACAUUUCUACACAAUUAGUCCUAAUGAAAGCUUAUUUCAAACUAAAAAAAAGCGAUUGUUUUUCAGAGCCAGACUUCAAAAGAGAGCACGUGUCUGACAUUUUAUAGCAGCCUACAUUGGCGCGCAAAAUAAUUUUGGCUAAAAACCGUUUCUUUCCAAACAGAAACAUGAGAAAAUUGAGCUAAAAGGCUUACCUGAUGUAUGUUUUAAAUGUUUUUUCUUUUAUGGUGUUUUUCAGUGCUUUGAGUAGAGAAGUGAAUAACUUUUGGUUUUGUCACCGCAAUUUGCCUUUGAAAAUGUCGGCUGUCAUUGUCAGUGUUAAAAACACCUCAGAAACUCCUAUUUUCUCACCUUCCCAUCCUUGGUUUAUAUUGAAAACAAAUAGAUUCUAGUACCAUAUGUCCUUAUAAAUAUAUUUGAGGUAAUUAAAAACUCCAAAGAUGUACAAGCACUGUGUUUUGGCUUGCACACUUUGUUGAAUUUUAACACUUAGUUACUGUUCUAAAUUUCAUGUUGUAAACAUCUUGCCCAAAAAAGCAAAGGAGUAUUUUUUGUAAUUUUUGAUCAUUUUCUAAUUCAUAUCCCAAUAGAUGAAAAUUGGUUAUAAUAUAGAUAUGUACUAAUUUAGUAAAUAUUUUUUUGGGUUUUUUUAUAUAAAUAUAUGGAGAUAUUGCCCCUUUAGGUGAUGAGUGACAUGAAAAAAAUAGUGUCACUGGUUUACAAAUAAAAAUUCUCAUUGAAAAAACUAAUGAUAUAUAUAGGUAUGCAAGUUCAUUUAAACUAAAUUUGGUCAAUCAUAUAUUAAUAAUAUUUGGUUGAAAAGACCAGAUUUUUUCAUGCAACUGUUUCUGAGAUAUUGCCAUUUUGGUGAAAGCUCUUGAAUUCAGUCACGUAUUUGCCAUAUUGCUUGCACGUUAGGGGGGUAGAAACAUUGUAACAGCUUGGGCGUUAAUGAGUUAAAGAAGAUAUUGAUAACCAAUGUGAUUUUUAUAAGGCUGAUCAUUUGGGGUACCAAGAAAAAGGAUAUUGGAUUUUAUCAUGUGACGUAAGCGCAGCCGGUCAUAUGCAAAUUUAGUUUUAAAUAUAUAGUUGGUCACUCACGUUUAGGGAAACUGCACUGGCACAUAACAUAGAGCUGGAAAUGCGAUAUUUUUCUCAUCACGUACGUUCUUUCACGUACAACCUUAAGCUCUCUUAUCAGUAGAACUGCAUAAUGGACGAACCCGGCAUGAGUUCAGUCUGAUAAUGCACUUAACAACAAUUAACGAUUGUCAUUAUUGUGCCAACGGCUCUACACUUUGACAUUUCUCAUUGGAGGGAAGUUUUCUAGUUUAGGAAAAUAUAGAAAUAUCCGUUAGGGCGGGGGUCAUCACAUCCCCAACGCCAUUGCAUUGAGCAGUACACACUAGGAACCUUUAAUUCCAUAACAGAAAUUUUUGCUUAUUAGGCAUACAGUAUUACUCCCUAUCAAUUAUAAUAAACUAAAACACCACAGAUGUUUCUCAUGAUUCAUGAUGAUGUGAACAAAUCAUCAAUUAAUGUUUUAUGCAUUAGAUUCAUAUUGAGGAUCGACAUGUCCUUCAACGAGCAGAACAUAAAUAUUUUCUAACAGAGCCAAAUUUGUAUUCUCUGUCAACGGACUUGAAUCACGAUGUUCUAAAGGAAGACCUUCUGAAGACGAUUUGUAGAAGGUGCGAACAUAGUGAUAAAGUUACUUUUUCAGCUCAUUUGUACAUGUAUAUGCAUUUUUAAAACGCCAUCUUAAAUCCCGGCCAAUCCCGAAAUUCUCAAAUGGUAUUUUUUUGUUUUAGGUAUGUUGAAUUAGCUGAGAACUUCUGUGUUAAUAAGACGCCGUUUUUACUUGCUGCUGCCUUUGUUGUGUACAACAAUCUCAAAUCCAUCUUGCAAACCGAGCAUGAGAAGAAAUUCUUAGGUGAACUUUAUAAAUUAUUAUUUUAG